AUGGCGGCCACGGUGCUGUGGAGGAGAGCCUCGUCCGGGGGCGCCGCAACGGGAGUCGGGAAAGCCGAGCCGGCGGCCGGACGGAGCCUGUGGGAGCGCCUGAGAGGCAGCCGGGUGGGUGCGUGGUGCCGGGCCCUCCUGCUGGACUACGCCGAGGCCUGCCGAGACGCGGCGAAGGCGGCGAGGGAGCGGCCCGGCCGGGCGGGGCUCUACGCCUCGCUGGUGGGCGGUGCCGCCCUCUGCUACCGGCGGGCCCCGACCGAAUCGUCCUUCGAGGUGGCGCUGCUGGACGCGUCGGCCAGCCUCCUCGUCCUCGCCCCGCGGACCCGCAACAGGACGGCCGAGGACCACGUGCAGCGCCUUCUCUGGCUGCGGAACCGCGGCCAAUGGCGCUACCUCAACCUGGUCUUCUGCUCCCUGGUGUACGAGGCCCCCUUCGCCCCGGAGGCCCGGCUCUACCGGGCCCAGUGCGAGCACCUGGCCCCCGGGUGGACGGAGUUCCCCGGCCGGGUGCUGGACGUGGGCUUCCUGGGGCGCUGGUGGACCCUGGACGCCAAGAUGAAGGACUUCGACAUCAACGAGGAGGAGUUCCGGCACCUGCCCGCCCGCCUCAGGGAGAUGGGACCCCGGCAGCUGCGGGCCGAGGCCAACGAGAGACUGUACGACGAGAGAUACGAGCCUGUGAUCCUCACGGACGAUCAGGUCAACCAGGCACUGUGGGAGGACCGGGUCUCGCGGAAGAAGUGAAGAGCCGAACCGAGGAGGAGCGAGACCCGCCGGGGUUAGGCGGGGGCAGGGAACCGGGGCCCCUUCCUCCGUGAAGGAAAAUAAAGCCUAGAUUCCCCGUCGGCUCCCUUCGGACCGGGCCCCUCCGGAUUCGGCGGUGUCGCGAGUAGCGUGCCUGCCGCGUAGCUGGGAGACACCCGCCGGAAUAAACCUCGUGGGUGGUUUU